GUUUGUGUCUGGAGGCAUGGGGAGAACAAAUCUGUAAGGCACAAUAGGAGCCAGUGUGUCACUGAUCUACAGACGCAGUACGUCGGUUUCAGAUUCGGACAAUUUAACAACACCAGGAAUACUGAUAUUCUUCUCGGACAUAUGAAAACUAAGGAAAUGGUCCUUUCGUUUUAGAGAAAGAGCAGAAUUGGGAUUUAAGAGGUGUACACUGAGAGGAGAUAGAGAUUGUUCCAGAAGAGGAGUGGGCAGAAGCUUAAUUUCUCUUUUACACUUUCUCCAACGCUCUGUCAUCCUCCAUCUGGCUCUAUAGCCGAAGCCAAGUCUGUUUCAUAACAAACAGCCCUUGUGGUUUUCUGUGCAGACCAACGUUUUCGUACGUUCGCAAUAUAUCUAAAAUAUUGAAACGUUUACUGGAAAGGAAGCAUUUGCUGUGGAGAAUCCAAGAGACAGUAACACUACGGUCGGAAACGCAAUCUUUUUGGAAUAAAACAAAGAUGAAUAAUUGCAACAAAAUUAUUUCCCAUUGUAGUUCAAGCAGUCCAACAUAAGGAACUGUGUAUUUACCGUAUUCCAACUGUGAUCAAUCUAUUGUUUGGUGAUCCUCAUCACCUAGGCAAGCAUUUAGAUUUACUGUAUUAUUAUGAGUGAUGACAACUCAGACUCUGCCCCCGGCAAUGAUACCGACAGCGGAACGGGAGGGGUCAAGAAAGGGGCAGGACUUUUAAGUAUAUCCUGCAGCAAGAAUGGCGGCUCUCCUUCCUCAAAUCCGUCGAGUAGCGGGACAGGAUCAUCUCCGGGUGGGGCGUUGGAAUCAAAGGGAUCCACAGGUGACCACAGAGGGAUUCAUUCUGACGAUACGGAUGCGCUGUCGAGUGGAAAUGACUCUGGGGAGAGGGAUAGCGAAGGAGGUAUGGAGAGAGGCAACGGAUCCAGAGGGAGACAAUCAAACAGAAGUUAUCAGAGUUCCUCCAGUCAGAACGGAAAGGAUUCAGCCAUGUGUCUGGAAACUACGGAGAGCAACAAGAGCUCAAACUCCCAGAGCCCCUCUCCACCUAGCAGCUCUCUGGCAUACAGCCUGUUGAGUGCCAGCUCUGAGCAGAACCCGCCAUCUACGAGCGGCUGCAGCAGCAACCAGUCUGCUCGCAUCCAAAGUCAGAAGGAGCUGAUGAGAGCCCUGCAUGAGCUAAAAAUACGUAUGCCACCUGAGAGAAAGAUGAAGGGUCGUUCCAGCACCCUCAACGCCCUUAAAUACGCCCUCAACUGUGUCAAACAAGUCAAAGCCAAUCAGGAGUAUUAUCACCAGUGGAAUGUUGAGGAAUGUCAUGGCUGCAGUCUGGAUCUCUCAACCUUUACCCUUGAAGAACUGGACAAUAUCUCCUCUGAGUAUACACUCAAAAAUACAGAUACGUUCUCUAUGGCAGUGUCGUUUCUGUCAGGGAAGGUUGUGUACGUCUCACCACAGGGUUCAUCUCUUCUGCGCAGUAAUCCGGAGAAGCUACACGGGGUGUUGUUUUCUGAGCUUCUUGCCCCUCAGGAUGUGAGCACCUUCUACAGCAGCACCGCACCCUGCAGACUGCCUCCAUGGGCCUCCUGCAUCGGAUCUGCCUCUCCACCAGUGGACUGCACCCAGGAGAAGUCCAUGUUUUGUCGCAUCAGUGGAGAAACUUCCUCCAGUGGCGAAAUGAGGUACAACCCGUUUAGACUGACACCCUACCUGCUAACGCUACGAGACUCUGACGCGUCCUACCCCCAACCCUGCUGUCUGCUCAUCGCAGAGAGAGUGCAUUCAGGAUAUGAGGCCCCUCGAAUUCCUGCGGAUAAGAGGAUAUUCACUACUAGUCACACUCCGAGCUGUCUUUUUCAAGAGGUGGAUGAGCGAGCAGUUCCUCUGUUAGGAUACCUGCCUCAAGAUCUGGUGGGAUCUCCAGUCCUGCUCAGCAUCCAUCCAGAUGACAGACCUGUCAUGGUGGCCAUCCAUAAAAAGAUUCUUCAGUUUGCAGGGCAACCGUUCGACCAUUCUCCUUUGAGGAUGUGUGCCCGUAACGGAGAGUAUCUGACCAUAGACACCUCUUGGUCCUCUUUCAUUAACCCAUGGAGCAGGAAAGUGGCCUUCAUAGUCGGCCGCCACAAAGUCAGAACGUCUCCGCUGAACGAGGAUGUCUUCACACAGCCCAGGGAUCUGGAGGAGCGGGCCAUGUCCCCGGAUGUCGCUCAGCUCAGUGAGCAAAUCCAUAGGCUCCUGGUGAAGCCUGUCCACAGCGGAAGCUCUCAGGGCUACGGCAGCCUGGCCAGCAACGGAUCUCAUGAGCUCCAGCCCAGUGCAGCCUCGUCUUCAGAAAGCAGCGGACCGGGGUUGGAGGACCUGUCAAAGCCAGAUAAACCUAUGACCUUCCAGCAAAUCUGCAAAGACGUUCACAUGGUGAAGACGAGCGGACAACAAGUGUUUAUUGAAUCCCGCAGUCGCCCUCCGCCUAAAAAGCUAUCCAUCACAGGUGUUUUUGCAGACCAAGUCUGCAGUCUUGGUCCUGUUGCUGUUCCACCCUCAAAGAGCUCCAGCCCAUCCCUCCUCAUACAGAAAGAGCCACCCACUGCCUUCUCCUACCAGCAAAUCAACAGCCUGGACAGCAUUGUGAGGUAUCUGGAGAGCUGUAACAUCCCUAACACGGUAAAGAGGAAGUGUGGCUCCUCCUCCUGCACGGCCUCCUCCACAUCUGAUGAUGACAAACAGCAGGACGCUUCAGGCAAUGCUAAAGGUCCAUCUGUGUCUCUGGUAGAGGAGAGUGCUCUGUUGCCCCCACUGGCCCUUCACAAUAAGGCAGAGAGUGUUGCUUCUGUCACCUCGCAGUGCAGCUUCAGCAGUACUAUAGUCCACGUGGGGGAUAAGAAGCCACUUGAGUCAGAUAUUGUAAUGGAGGAAGCCCCUUCAACACCAAAUGCUGCUCCUACUGCCACUCAACGCCAAGCUUCUCCCACAACCACGCCCUUUCUGCCCCCUAGGCCUGCCCCUCCGUCUGCAAGAGAUGGGGUGAGGUGGGGAGGCUUAGGAGGAGGUGGUGGCGGAGGAGAUAAGUUGGGACUCACAAAAGAGGUGUUAUCUGCUCACACACAGCAAGAGGAGCAGAACUUCAUGUGUCGCUUUAGAGAUCUGAGUAAGCUCAGAGUGUUCGACCUGGCCUCGGCCGUCCGACGGACACCCUCGCCCUUAGCCAAAGGUGUGCGUUGCUCACGUGACUACCCAGCACCCCGCUGUAGUAGCAGCCGUAGGCGAGGUCGAGGGGGAAAAAGGCUAAAGCAUCAGGAAUCUUCUGACCAGACUGUGUGUCAAAGCCGAGCAGACCCACUACGAGGUCUCCCAGGGGUUCCCGCUUUGUGCAGACCUUCUAACUCCUCCGUGCCCUUGGGUCCUGCACCCAGCUCCUCUUCUUGGCCUACUUCAGGGUCACAAGCCAGCAUUCCUUCAGUCCCUUAUCCACCCGGCGUCUUCCCAUUAUAUCCCAUCUACCCUCCUCUAUCCCAAUCUGCCUCAGACCCCAACGUACAGAUGGGCCUUCGCUUCCCCCUUCAGAAUUCGCAGAUGGCUCCUCCCAUGGUCCACCCUAUGAUGGCAUUGGUACUGCCCAACUACAUGUUCUCACAGCCCAAUGUUGGCAUGCCUCAGCCCUUCUACUACACAAACUCAGCGUUCCCUUUCCCGACUGCUAUCACGGCACCAGCUCCAGUACCAAACCCAGUCCCACGUGCCCUCUCUCGCUCCAGCACCCCGCAAUCUUACAGCCUGAGGGAGGCAGGGCCUGACAGGGAAGGACCGGAGUCAACAUUAUUUCAGUCCAGAUGUUCUUCCCCCUUAAACCUGCUUCAGCUCGAGGAGACACCAAGCAACCGGUUUGAGACAUUAGCGCUGACUUCGGCCCAACCAGCCGCAUCUCCAAUGGUGGUACAGGGAGGUGGUGCAGGAGGACAGGCCUCAUCCAAUCAGAGAGCUGCAGCCGUGGACUCAAAAGAGAAUGUUGAAGCAAACGAGUCAAAUCAAGAUGCCAUGUCCACCUCCAGUGACCUGCUGGAUCUGUUGCUGCAGGAGGAUUCACGUUCAGGCUCGGGUUCGGCUGCUUCAGGCUCUGGGUCAUUAUGCACUGGCUCCUCUGGAUCAGGCUUAGGAUCCUCUGGAUCAGGAUCCAAUGGCUGCAGCUCUUCAGGAAGUGGAAUUAGAAGCAGUCAGAGCAGCCAUACAAGUAAAUAUUUUGGCAGCGUGGACUCUUCAGAGAACAGCCAUUCCCGCAAUCAGACAGCAGGGGGCGACGGAGAGGCACAAUUCAUCAAAUGUGUUCUGCAGGACCCUAUCUGGCUCCUCAUGGCCAACACGGAUGAAAAGACCAUGAUGACCUAUCAAAUGCCCAUCAGAGACAGAGACACUGUGUUGAAAGAGGACCGUGCUGCCUUAAGAGCUAUGCAGAAACAACAGCCUCGCUUCACUGAAGAACAGAAAAGCGAGUUGAGUCAGGUUCACCCAUGGAUUCGCACUGGACGCCUGCCUCGUGCCAUCAACAUUUCUGCUUGUGAGGGCUGUAGAUCCUCUCCUACGGUCCCCUCUACGGCUCCCUUUGACGUAGAGAUCCAUGAGAUGGAGUUUUGCAGUGUUUUGGAAGUGACCGAAGAGGGCGCCACUGCUGAGAAGCAAAUCCAAGCAGACUUAGCCAUGGACAAGAGUGAGGCUGAGGAACAAUCACACAAGAAAAAAGAGGUUGAGAAUGGAUGGACUAUUAUGCCAGCGCAAGUAAAUGACCAAGAAAUGAUGAUAGAUGAACAGGAAGUGACCUCACAGACAAUUGGUGCCUCUCUUACAGAGAUGACACACUAAGACUGAAGUCACAAAUGAUCAGCGGGAUACGUCACUCAAAUCCUCGACAGAUCACAUCAUCUGUAUACUCAGUAAAUUAUACGGUUGUAUUUAUAAUUUACUGGCUGUAUUUAUUUAUGUAGAGAAACACAAAACUGUAAAUAUAAAGCCAAGAAGGCUGACAGACAAUGAAUGUAAAGCAGAAUAUUUGCUUUAUUAAAAGACUGUGAUACGCCAGGGACAUUUCGGUUGUGCAGAAAGGCUGUGAUCUGUAUUUUUAGUGAGUUUGCGGGUAACAAGGUGUGCUUUGGAUAUUACAAUGUUCAGACGGGACUGGUCAUUUCCAGAUUUAGGGACAACAUGAACACAAUAUCGUGAUGCACUCUAAAACCUUCUAAUGAUGAGGUGUUGUAAUAAUGAAGCAUGACCUAAGACAGGAGAACAGAUUCACUGCCUCCCUUUCCCCUCUUGUUAUUUUGACAUUUCCCAAAUGUCAAGAAAAUGUUCUUAUUUUUUACUGAAAUAUGUAUAUACAAGCUGGUCAUAUUCGACCAAAUUCACAAACACAAUUUUUUUAGUUCUGUUUUUUAUACAUUGUGUGCUGUGUAAUUGUUACAAACUUUGAUGAAAUUUGUAAAAUAAAUAUUGCAUCACUACAGAAAGCCAGUUAUUAAUCGCUCUGCUACAGGUUACGAUUACCACCGGCUUCAAUUUCGACUUUUGGUUAGUCGCACUACCGUAUCCAUGGCAAUGGUUCCAAAGAGUAUCUGUCACGAAAGGCAUCCUUUCAGAUAAGCAUUUAGAGAAGCAAAGCUUUAGAUGACACAAAAAAAGAAAGCUGAUGUAUAUAGCCGGGUCCAAGCAGUCAAAGAGGAAGAAAAAAAAGGAAAAAAGAUGUUCGAAGAAAUUUGUGAUGGUAAGCAAACAUUUGGACACAUUUUCCUUGUUUUUCUGAUCAGUCUUUUCUCUGUCAGUUUCAGUCAUGUGCUCUUUGGGUUCAUGUCGUUUGUAAGUAUUUUGUGUAUUUCUUUAUACAUAAAAAGAAUAAAAAUAUAAUGGUUUACA